AUCCCCAAGCUCCCCACUCACUUCCAUUCUCAUCAUCAAUCCCACUUUCUCUUCUCUGCGUGUGUGAGAGAGAACAUAUAGCAAAAUGCCUCCUUCCAUGUCUGUCUCUACUUCUUCUUCGAAAGUGUCGUCGUGUUCACAGUUUGUGACGGUGGUUUCGAAAUGCACUGUGUUUCCAGAUCGGGAGUCGACUCUCGGAGACCUCAAGCUCUCCGUUUCGGACCUCCCGAUGCUCUCUUGCCACUACAUUCAAAAGGGCGGCCUCUUCACUCUCCCCAACCACCUCUCCCUCCCCUCUCUCCUCGCUGUCCUCAAGAAGGGCCUCUCUCGCACUCUCUCCCGCUUCCCGCCUCUCGCCGGCCGCCUUACCACCGACGCAGACGGUUAUGUCUACAUCACCUGCAAUGACGCCGGCGUCGACUUCGUUCACGCCAAUGCCGCUCGUAUUUCUAUCACCGACGUUCUGUCUCCCACCGACGUGCCGGACCCGGUCAAGGAGUUCUUCGCCUUCGACCGGACCGUCAGCUACCAAGGGCAUUUCCGGCCUAUUCUUGCCGUCCAGGUGACAGAAUUGGCCGACGGCGUGUUUAUUGGCUGCGCCGCCAACCACGCAGUCACGGAUGGCACGUCCUUCUGGAACUUCUUCAAUACGUUCGCGGAAGUAUGCCGGGGAGCGACCAGGGUGUCGAGGCCGCCGGACUUCAGCCGGGACUCAGUGCUGAUUUCUCAGGCGGUGCUCCGGUUGCCCGACGGCGGCCCCAAGGUUACCUUUUCUCUCGACGCGCCGUUACGCGAGAGAAUCUUCAGUUUCAGUCGGGAAUCGAUUUUGAAGCUCAAGGGCAAAGUGAACAACCGGAAAUGGACCGAAAACGAAGGAAUCGACGUGAUUGAGCUAAUGGGCAAGCAAAGCAACGACCCUCUGAAGAAUUUCCUGAGAAAUUCAAACGCCAAAGCGGCGGAGAUUUCGUCGUUCCAGUCGCUCUGCGCUCUGCUAUGGCGGGCGGUGACCAGGGCGAGGAAGCUGCCGGCUAGCCAAACGACGACGUUCCGGAUGGCGGUGAACUGCCGGCCCAGGCUCGAGCCGAAGAUGGAGGCGUAUUACUUCGGGAACGCGAUACAGAGCAUACCAACCUUCGCCUCGGCAGGGGACGUGAAGGCUCGCGACUUGCGCUGGUGCGCCGAGCAGCUGAACAAGAAUGUGUUGGCUCACGACGAUCGCAUGGUGAGACGGUUCGUGGAGGAUUGGGAGCGGGACCCUCGUUGCUUUCCAUUGGGUAACUUCGACGGGGCAAUGCUCACGAUGGGCAGUUCGCCCCGGUUUCCUAUGUAUGAUAAUGAUUUCGGAUGGGGCAGACCCGUGGUGGUUCGAAGCGGGCGGGCCAACAAAUUCGACGGGAAGAUCUCAGCUUUUCCGGGUCGGGAAGGAGGGGGAACCGUGGACUUGGAGGUGGUUUUGGCGCCCGAGACCAUGGCGGGUCUGGAGUCCGAUUCGGAAUUCAUGCAGUAUGUUUCGGGUUGCUGAAACGGGGCGGUUAUGGGAGACUCGGGCACCCCGCAGGAAGCCGGGGGGUUAGUGUGGGGAAAGGAUGAGGGAAGGGGAUUGUCCAUUUGUUCUAUAUUUCUUGCUUGUUUGUAUUAAUUAAUUAAUGCACCCAUUUGCCCCAAGAAUGCCAUAUUCGGAGGACGGGCCAAACGAAACCUCAACUGCACUUA